AUGGCUCCUAAACAGGACACACCCUUCCGCUCUGCGGACAUGAGCAUGGUGCAGCUCUAUGUCUCCAACGAAAUAGGCCGCGAGGUCGUCACUGCACUUGGAGAGCUCGGCCUCUGCCAGUUUCGAGACCUUAACGAAGACGUCAGCGCCUUUCAACGCACCUACACCCAGGAAAUUCGACGCCUUGACAACGUGGAGCGACAACUGCGAUACUUCAACUCACAGAUGGAAAAGACCGGAAUCGCUCUCCGCAAACUUGAUCUCGAUACCGAAAGCCUCGCUUGCCCCUCCACCACCGAGAUUGACGAGCUCGCUGAGCGCAGCGAGAAGCUCGAGCAGCGCGUGUCGGCCCUCAAUGACAGCUACGAGACGCUCAAGAAGCGCGAGGGCGACCUCACCGAGUGGCGCUGGGUCCUGCGCGAGGCUGGAAGCUUCUUUGACCGCGCUCAUGGCAACGUCGACGAGAUUCGCGCCUCGAUGGACCACAAUCAAGACGACGCCCCGCUGCUCGCCGACGUGGAGCAGCACCGCGCCGCCCCCGAGGUUGAGCGCUCCUUUGGCGGCAUGAACAUUGGCUUCGUCGCCGGCGUCAUUGCCCGCGACCGCGUCGCCGCUUUUGAGCGCAUCCUCUGGCGCACCCUCCGCGGCAACCUGUACAUGAAUCAGUCGGAGAUUCCCGAGCCGCUCAUCAACCCCGUCAACAACGAGGCCGUUGCCAAGAACGUCUUUGUCAUCUUUGCCCACGGAAAGGAGAUUAUUGCCAAGAUCCGCAAGAUUUCCGAGUCUAUGGGUGCAGAGGUGUACAGUGUCGACGAGAACAGCGACCUGCGCCGUGAUCAGAUCCAUGAGGUUAACAACAGGCUCCAGGAUGUGCAGAAUGUGCUUCAGAAUACGCAGGCUACUCUCCAGGCCGAGCUCAAUCAAAUCUCCCAGUCAUUGUCUGCUUGGAUGGUGCUGAUUGCCAAGGAAAAGGCCGUCUACGGCACUCUUAACCUCUUCUCGUACGACAGAGCCCGUCGUACGCUGAUUGCAGAGGGCUGGUGUCCGACCAACGAUCUACCACUCAUCAGAUCAACCCUACAGGAUGUGACAAACCGCGCCGGCCUUUCGGUCCCUUCCAUCAUCAAUGAGAUUCGCACCAACAAAAAGCCUCCCACAUAUCUCAAGACGAACAAGUUUACCGAAGGUUUCCAGACCAUUGUCAACGCUUACGGUACCGCCACUUAUCAGGAAGUCAACCCCGCCAUGCCGGUUAUUGUGACUUUCCCUUUUCUUUUUGCCGUCAUGUUUGGUGAUUUCGGCCACGCCGUUAUCAUGUUGUCUGCUGCGCUGGCCAUGAUUUAUUGGGAGCGCUCGCUCAAAAAAGUAACUUUCGAACUGUUUGCCAUGGUUUUUUACGGGCGUUAUAUCGCCCUGGUUAUGGCGGUGUUCUCUCUAUUUACCGGUCUCAUCUACAACGAUGCUUUCUCCAAGUCCAUGACGCUCUUUGACAGCGCCUGGGAGUUCAAAGUGCCCGAGAAGGGCUUCAAGGAGGGCCAGACGAUCGAGGGAACCCUCAAUGGCCACGGUUACCGCUAUCCCUUUGGUCUCGACUCUGCAUGGCACGGCACAGAUAACGAUCUUCUCUUCAGCAACAGUUACAAGAUGAAGAUGAGUAUCCUGCUGGGUUGGGCUCACAUGACUUACUCGUUGGUCUUUGCCUACGUCAAUGCUAGGCACUUCCGCAAGCCCAUUGACAUUUGGGGCAACUUUGUGCCGGGCAUGAUUUUCUUCCAGUCCAUUUUUGGCUACCUCGUUGUCUGCAUUAUCUACAAGUGGACGGUGGACUGGGAGGCCGCUGACAAGCCCGCCCCUGGCCUGCUCAACAUGCUGAUUUACAUGUUCCUGCAACCCGGUACCCUCGCCGGUGGAGAGCGGCUCUAUGCUGGGCAGGAAUAUGUCCAGGUCGGUCUGCUUCUGCUGGCUUUUGCCCAAGUUCCCGUGCUACUGUUCCUCAAGCCCUUUUACCUCCGCUGGGAGCAUAACCGCGCCCGCGCCAAGGGCUACCGCGGCCUCGGCGAGACUUCACGCGUUAGUGCCUUGGACGAGGACGACGAGGGCGAGGGCCUGAUUCACGGAGGUGGCCACGGAAACAGCAUUGAUGAUGGCGAAGGUGUUGCCAUGAUUUCGCAAAACGUCGACGAAGAGCACGAAGAGUUUGAGUUUAGCGAGGUUAUGAUUCACCAAGUCAUUCACACCAUCGAAUUCUGUCUCAACUGCGUCUCCCACACUGCUUCCUACCUACGUCUCUGGGCUCUUUCCCUUGCCCAUCAGCAGCUCAGCGUCGUCCUGUGGACCAUGACCAUUGGCCUCUGCCUGCCCAUGACUGGCGUCGUCGGUGUCAUUGCCAUUGUCAUUGGCUUCUACAUGUGGUUUUUCCUGACCAUUGCCAUUCUUGUCUGCAUGGAAGGCACCAGCGCCAUGCUGCACUCGCUGCGUCUGGCUUGGGUCGAGUCCUUUUCCAAGUUUGCCGAGUUUGCGGGGUGGCCAUUUGUGCCAUUCUCGUUUGCGACCCUGCUGGAAGAGUCGGAGGAGCUCAAGGAGUACCUAGGAUAG